AUGCUCUCCGUAGCAUCGCUACUCAAUCCUGCUAAGUCAGAACCGCGAAGCACUCGAAUAUCAUCAAGUCCUCCGUCGUCGCUUUGUACCUCAUCGCCCUCUUAUGGGCAUACCCUAUUACCCAUUCAAUCCUCGUCCAUCAAGAAACAAAAGAUGGCUAAGGACGGCGCAGUUUUCGCCAAGGGUACUAAGAUUAAGGGCGAUGUAAACUUUCCACCGUUUGAACAUCUGAGCGAGGAGACUAUGCGAGAAGUCUCAAAAUUCCAAGUGUAUCCACUUGGUAAGAUUCAAGAUUAUUGCCGCCAUAUCCCUUAUAAUAGCGAGAAAAAGAACUUCUUGGAAAAGACUGGUCGAGAGAGCUUCGAAGUAUUUCAGUACACCUUCAAACUUCCUGGUGAGGAUAGAGUGUACACUGUUAUGUGGGAUUAUAAUGUUGGGCUCGUUCGCAUCACUCCUUUUUUUAAGUGCUGUAAAUAUUCUAAGACAACUCCGGCCAAGAUGCUCGGAAUGAACCCAGGCCUAAAGGAAAUCACGCACAGCAUCACUGGUGGCGCUUUGGCAGCCCAAGGUUACUGGAUGCCAUAUUCCUGCGCUCUCGCCGUUUGCACCACCUUUUGCUCCCACAUCGCUCCAGCUUUGAUUCCUAUCUUUGGUCCCUCCUUCCCAUCUCAGUGCUUUUCACCCGACGCUCCAGAACACGGCCGUAUGGUUAUCGACCCCAAUAUAAUCCGUGCCGCCACCGCAGAAGCCGAAUCUUAUCGUCUCCACUACACAUCCUUCACCCCCAAAUCUUCCACUAACGUUACACCUCGCGAUUCCGCCAGCCCCCAACAGCAAAGCUCUAAUUAUCUCAUUCGCACAAACACCAUGACGCCCCCAACAAGUUCAAGCAGUCAUCUCGAACGAAGACUGAGACUCAAAAGAACGUAUGGCGGCGAGAGUCCUUAUGCGGAGAGCAGUACUGAUCAUGAUGCUGCGAGCGAGACAUCAAGUGGUGAUGCUGCAUACUUUUGUUCGCCAGUAACUCCUACAUCCGGUCUCGCAGGUGCGAAUUGGGGCAUUCACGCCAGAUCGUAUCUUCCUAACGGUCUUCAUUAUGGUCAUACUCACAAUCAUAAAUUGAUGAACCCGCACAUGAGUGUGAACGGUGCUAUGGCCAUUGGACACAGCGGUACAAACCCAUGGUUAAGUGCCAUUCCGCGGAGUAUAGGCGGACUCGCCGACAUGACAGCUAGCUGGAGAGCCAAGCGACGCGCGGAAGAACUAGAUGAAAAUAUCUCUGAUCAAAGAGAUAGAGAACGAGAACGAGAUAUCCACCGUCCUCAUCCCACAGACGAAGAAUACGAUGGUGAAGAAAGCGCUAGUGCUACUGGUGAUGAAAAGAGUCCUGUCGGCGACGAUCGAACUAUUACCUUUGGUCCUCGCGCGCCUGUAACGACCAUGAAGGCAGCUUGGCUUUUGAUGAAACUUAGUGUUAAGGAUGGUGAAGCAGGUGCUGCAUUACCUUCUUUACCGAGUGUAUCUGCAGUAGGCACACCGUUGAUGGGGAGUGCGAAGUGGAUUAAAGAGGGGGGGGAUAGUGAUGAGCCGCGGGUCAAGAGAAGGAGAGCGCUUAGUAUGUGA